AUGCUCUACCUGGCUGCUCUCCUCUUGCACUGUCUCCCCUUGGCCAUGGGACAGUAUGACAUUUGCAAGUCCUGGGUGACCACGGAUGAUGGCCCAUCAUGGGAGUUUUAUGCUUGUCAACCUAAGGCCAUGAGGAUGAAGGAUUACGUGACGGUCCGGGUGGAUCCGGCAGGAAUCACUUGUGGGGACCCUCCGGAGAGGUUCUGCACCCAUGAGAACCCAUACCUGUGCAGCGACGAGUGCGACGCCUCCAACCCAGACCUGGCUCACCCACCGAAACUCAUGUUCGACAGCGAGGACGAGGGACUGGCCACGUACUGGCAGAGCGUGACGUGGCGCCGCUACCCAGAGCCACUGCUGGCCAACAUCACACUGUCCUGGAACAAGAGCAUCGAGCUGACAGACGACAUCGUGAUCACCUUCGAGUACGGGCGACCCACCAUCAUGAUCCUGGAGAAGUCGCUGGACAACGGGAGGACUUGGCACCCGUAUCAGUAUUACGCAGAUGACUGCAUGGAGGCCUUCAGCAUGCCAGCACGGAGGGUCCGGGACCUCUCCACCACCAGUGCCAACAGGGUCCUCUGCACGGAGGAGUAUUCCCGCUGGGCGGGCUCCAAAAAAGAGAAGACCGUCCGGUUCGAGGUGAGGGAUCGCUUUGCCAUCUUUGCUGGCCCUGACCUCAAGAACAUGGACAACUUGUACACUCGACUGGAGAGCGCCAAAGGGCUCAAGGACUUCUUUACCGUGACCGACCUGCGGAUGAGGCUGCUGAGACCUGCCCUGGGGGGCACCUACGUGCAGAGGGAGAACUUGUACAAGUACUUCUAUGCUGUCUCCAACAUUGAAGUCACUGGCAGGUGUAAAUGCAACCUCCAUGCUAACCUGUGCACCUUCAAAGAGGGAAGUCUCCAGUGUGAGUGUGAGCACAACACCACGGGGCAGGACUGCGGCAAGUGCAAGAAGAACUUUCGCUCCAGGUCUUGGCGAGCAGGAUCCUACCUGCCUCUCCCUAAUGGGUCCCCCAAUGCAUGUGCAGCUGCAGGCUCAGCCUCUGGCACAUAUGAGCGACCGCAGCGGGGAAACACAGCCAAAACCACCACUGCAAAAACCACCACCGCAAAAACCACCACUGCAAAAACCACCACCACAACUACAACCACCACCACCACCACCCCCCUACCAGCCACCACCACCCAGCCAGACUACCCCGAGCUGUCGGCGGCCGCCCCGCUGCAGGUGGGCUCUCCCCUGGCCAAGGCUGGCCCAGGAGCAGAAG